AACUUUCAUCUUAUUUAUCAAACAGUCAUGUUUCUGUACUUUACGAGUUUUAAUGCGUUCUUUACUUUCUACCUGCCACAAAAAUAAUUUUAUUUAACUUUUAAUGCAAUUAUUGUGAAAAAUUACUUUAACUCUAACAUAGUGUUUAUUUACAUUAUUUUAAUUUCAUAGGUUGAAAUUAAAAAAGAACAAUGCAGAAAGUGAUACAGAGACUGAACGGUCAUCUUUUGUUUUCCAGAAUCAAUCAUAAUUUACCCAGUAUAAACACUAUACGUCUUACAAACACUAAAAAUGAUCUCAAAGAACAUAGAGCGAGGGUCAUGGCACGUGGACUGCCAGAAAAGAAGCCGCUGCCGGGAGUUAAAAGUAUAAUACUGGUCGCAUCUGGUAAAGGAGGUGUUGGAAAAACGACUACAGCUGUGAAUCUCGCAUGUGCAAUGAAAGUGAUAGAGCCAGACAAAGAGAUAGGCCUCCUAGAUGCAGAUGUCUUUGGUCCCUCAGUCCCUCUGAUGAUGAACAUUACUGGGGAACCCAUGCUAAAUGAUGAUAACCUUAUUGAGCCCAUACUGAAUUAUGGUGUUAAAUGUAUGUCAAUGGGCUUGUUGGUAUCUGGUGAGAAUGCUGUUGUGUGGCGUGGUUUAAUGGUGAUGCAAGCGUUAGAUAGAUUAACGCGACACGUGGCAUGGGGCCCGCUCGAUUGCCUCGUGGUGGACACGCCGCCUGGCACAGGGGAUACGCAUUUAUCACUAGCACAGAAUCUCCCUAUAGAUGGAGCAUUAAUAGUGACAACUCCACAAUCAGCAGCUUUACAAGUUACAAAAAGAGGUGUGAACAUGUUUGAAAAGUUAAAAGUUCCUAUCAUAGGUUUGGUGGAGAACAUGUCUCAUGCAUUAUGUACAGAAUGUGGCACCGUCAAUUACGUUUUUGGCAAUGAAACUAAGAGAACUGCUGACGAGAUGAGGCUAGAGAUAAUUGAAAGUUUCGAAGUUGAUCAAAACAUGUCGGAAUGUAUAAACAGCGGGAAACCAGCCAUAUACGCCCUGCCAGAUAGUAUACAUGCAGAGAAGUACAGGCACCUAGCAAAUAAAGUGUUCAAAUAUAUAGACGAUAAGGAAAAAGAGCAGGUUAAAGCCACAUAAUAAUAGACCACACAAAAUAUUCUCAUGUAAUUCUCAAAUUUAUUUUUAAAUAUACAAAUAUAUGUUUAUAAAAAGA